AUGGCACAGAAUAGUUUGGAGAGCAUCCCAGGGUACUUGAAGGAAUCCCUCAACCCAAACCAUGCUAAGCAGGCAGAGUCACAUUUGAGAUCGAUCGAAUCACAACCUCACUUUGCCAUCAAUUUAAUCCACACUGUGGCCUCCACGAACUUGGAUCCAGGAGUUAGACUCGCCGGUGCUCUAUUCUUGAAAAAUUUGGUGAAAAGGAAAUGGGUCAAUGAGGAUGGAGAGUACUUGUUGUUUAAUGACGACGUUCAGUACAUAAAGCUGGAAAUCUUGAACACAAUGAUCAAGCUUCCAAACAACUUACAAAUCCAACUAGGUGAGACAAUUUCCAUCAUUGCUGAGCUGGACUUUCCACACAAUUGGCCAAAUCUUAUUGAUGAUCUUGUUGCAAAAUUGUCUCCUGACGAUUUCGUGUUAAACAAAGGUAUCUUGCUCGUGGCCCACUCCAUCUUCAAGAAGUGGAGACCAUUGUUCCGUUCCGACGAGCUAUUUUUGGAGAUCAAAAUGGUGUUAGAUAAGUUUGCGGAACCCUUCAUGGCUCUUUUGGCUAAGACUGAUGAACUCAUCACAGAGGCGGUUUCUCAAAACAACUCUGCAAAGCUCACCAUAUACUUGGACUGUUUCUUACUCUUGGUUCAAAUCUACUACGAUCUUAACUGUCAAGAUAUUCCAGAAUUUUUUGAAGAUAACCUCACAGCUGGAAUGACUAUCCUUCACAAAUACUUGGGUUUCCUGUCGAGCCUCGUUGGCGAUGCCAGUGAUGACACUGAUGUCGAUAGUUUAAUCAAGGUCAAAACCGCCAUCAUUGAGUUACUACUUUUGCAUGUCACCAGAUAUGCAGAGGAAUUUGAUCCAAUGAUUCCUAAUUUUAUCACAUCCGUUUGGGAACUCAUCAACACGUAUGUUACACAGCAGCCGAAGUUCGAUCUUUUGGCUGUCAAUGCGUUGGCUUUCUUGACUUCCAUCACAAAGAUCGUGAAAUAUCAAAGUUACUUCAACAACGAACAAGCUAUAAAUGAGAUCAUCGAAAAGAUCAUUCUCCCCAACAUUGCUUUCCGUGAGGUGGACGAAGAAAACUUCGAGGAUGAGCCGAUUUCAUUCGUCAGGUCUGAUUUGGAAGGCUCCGAUUUUGAUUCUAGAAGAAAGUCAUCCACUGAUUUCUUGCGAGAAUUGAAGGAUGUAAAUACAGAACUCUUGACAAAUUCAGUCAUGACAUACGUCAACAGAUUCUUGUCACACGAUGACUGGAGAAACAGAGAUAUCGCGAUCUAUCUUUUCACGUCCUUGGCUGCGAAGGGCUCCGUUACGAAUAUUGGUGUUACUUCUACCAACAUGCUUGUGGAUGUCGUCAAGUUCUUCACUGACAACAUAGCAUCAUACUUGACCGGUGAUGCUACGCCUAUCUUGAAGGUUGAUGCGAUCAAAUACAUCAUGACCUUCAGAAAUCAGUUGACGAAGGACCAGCUCCUCACUACCAUUCCUUUAUUGAAUGAUCACUUGAAAAACCCUAAUGUUGUGGUAUACACUUAUGCCGCAAUCACAAUCGACAAGUUGUUUACGAUGACAAGCUUCUCAGACAGCAAGCACAUGCCUGUUUUCAACAAGCAAGAUAUUGAGCCAUACGUCAACGACCUUUUGACCAAUUUGUUCCAGCUCAUCCUUUCUAAUUCUGCUCCUGAGAAACUUUCUGAAAAUGAAUUUUUGGUCAAAACAAUCAUGAGGGUUCUCAACACCGCGGAAGAUGCCGUUGAAGAAAGCUUCAAAGUGACUAUCAUGGAGCAGUUGUUGAAGAUUUUGGGUAUUAUCGCUAAGAACCCUGCCAAUCCAAGGUUCACGCAUUAUAUUUAUGAGAGCUUGGGUUUGUUGAUCAAGUUUGGAACUGACAAGGAUGGCGCUAAAAUCAAGCAAUACACCCUGCUUAUACUACCAUCAUUAUUGGAAAUCUUAAGUCAGGAUAUUCAAGAAUUUGUUCCUUACACAUUUCAGAUAUUGGCUUUCCUUCUCGAGAAUUACCCUAAAACAUCACCCAUUCCAGAAGAAUACAAGACACUUGUGAAGCCACUCUUAUCACCUGCAGUAUGGGAGUUUCGUGGCAAUGUGCCAGGUAUCACCAGGUUGCUUGUGGCGAUCAUGUCGCACGAUUUUUCUGCAUUUGCAUCGACGUCUCAGGAGCUUGUUCCACUACUUGGUGUCUUCCAAAAACUUAUAGCUCUGAGAGCCAAUGACACUCAUGGAUUCGAUCUCUUGAUGGGGAUAUUCCUUUAUUUCCCAUUUGAUUUGAUUUCCGUUCAUUUAAAUCAAAUUGCCAUCCUUCUUUUGACUAGACUCAAAACUUCAAGAACAGAAAAAUACAUCAAGAGAUUAGUGGUGUUCUUGAUGUCCUUAUGCUGUGUGCCCUUGAACGACACACUCAAUGCAAAAAGUCAGAGUCGAAUUAAUUCAAGCUUUGUCAUAAACUUCAUCGAAUCCGUUCAGCAAGGUGUAUUUCAACAGAUUACAACUAGUUUUAUCUUGCCUACAACUGAAGAGUUCGCCAACUUGCAGGACAAAAAGAUCGCUGCUUUGGGAUUAUCACAAUUGAUUGUUUCUGAACAGUUCACUCAAGGCUCAUGCAAGGCAUUGCUUCAACCUGCGGUGGAGCAGUUGUGUAAAAAUUUGUCGCUUUUGUCUGGAAUCCUGAAAGGCACUAAUGUUGUUGAGAACACAAUCCUGAGUGGACCUAAUGCUGCUAGUGUCCCUAUAAACGAAGUUGACUUAGAAAGUGCGGCGUAUGGGUCCAACUUUUCAAAAAUUGUCUCGAUCCAGCUAAAAACAUUUGAUCCUGUGCCACAUAUACAAAAUGAGGAUUUCAAGCAAAUCAGAUUUGUGGCUGUGGCAAGCGUGAAACGUCUUGGGGAGUCAGGUGUUCUUAGCGAUUUAAGCGAUUCUGCAAAAGCUGUGGUUAAUGCAUCAUGA